AUGUGAUUGAUUGAUUGAUGAAGCCGAGUGUUAAAUUGUUUUCUGCAAUUUUUCUGUCUUUAUUUUAUUUUAAUUUGUAUUUUAACUUAUAAUGAUUGAAGGCCGCGCUAAUGAUCUACCCGAUUUUCAAAUUUUUCAAACAGUAGUAAAAUACUGUUUAUUCAUCAUAAUUGUGCCUGUGUCGUCAUUUUUCCUGGCGAAGAGUCUAUUAUUCGAUGGAUUGCUCCGCCUGGAGCCGAUGAACAGCAGUGUUUAUUCGGCAGUGGUUGCUGUAAUCGUUCUUCAUGUCACGUUAGCCCUGUACAUCUAUCGAGCGUACCACGAAGCGGAGAAAGCACCUGCUAAACCUGUCAAGAAAGAUUAAUUGACAUCCUACUUAAACAUUGUACUUGUAAGAAUCAAAAUGGACAAAGCAUACAUGAAAGGGGAGUUGUUGCAACUCCAUACAAAGAAUUCUGAAAUUAUUGAAGGUCGCUUCUUUAGUACUAACAGCGACAAAUC